CUAAGAUGGUAUCUCCUUUUCUUUUGCACAUCAGUGGUAUUUUUGUUUAUCAAAUUUGGAUUAUUUAGAAUUAGUUAUGAAUACAAGAAUUUGCUCAUUUCUUCAAGAGUGGUGUUCCCAUGUUUAUAAAGAGUAAGCACCAACAAUUGAUCGAGUGAGGAGAGAGUAGAUUUUGGCGAGAGAAAGUUGCAAUGGACGUGGAAAAGGUUCUUCACAUGAAGGGAGAAGGAACAUAUAGCUAUGCGGACAAUUCAGAGUUUCAGGGCAAUACCUUGAACAAAAUGAACUCCAUCAUUGAAGAGGCAGUGAUGAAUAUGUUAUCAACCAAUUACCCUGAGAGCAUUGGCAUAGCUGAUUUGGGUUGUGCCUCAGGACCCAACACCUUCUCCGCUUUAAUCACCAUCGUUGGUGCUGUGUGUCACAUUUUCCGAAAAGAAUCGAAGCCACUACCAGAGCUCCGGAUCUACCUGAAUGACUUGUGGGGAAAUGAUUUCAAUUCGGUUUUUAAGGCAUUUCCUUCUUUCCUUGAGUCGAUCAGAGAGAAAGAAGAGGCUUUAGAGUCAUGCUUUGUGGCUGGUGUUCCAGGUUCUUUUUACCAAAGGAUUCUUCCUGCAAAUAGUUUGCACUUGGUUCACUCUUCUCAUGGUCUCCAUUGGCUCUCCAAGGUUCCUGAAGGUCUCAAUGACAAAGCAGGUUUGCCCCUGAACAAGGGGAAGACACACGUAUCUCAAAGCAGCCCUUCUUCUGUUCCCCAAGCCUACCUUCACCAAUUCCAAAAGGACUUCUCAUUGUUUUUGAAAUUGCGAUCGAAGGAAAUGGUAUCAGACGGUCGAAUGGUAUUGAGCUUCGCGGGUCGGAAGACUUCAGAUCCCUGUGAGAAAGAAGAUACCUUUUAUACAGAGCAACUUUCAGAGGCAUUCGCCUUUCUGGUAUCGAAGGGAGUUGUAGAUGAGGGGAAAUUGGAUUCCUUCAACAUGCCUAGGUAUCAUCCAUGCGAGGAUGAAGUUCGAGAACUGAUAGACAGAGAACAAUCCUUCACAAUUGAGCGAUUUGAGCCGUUCGAGCGCUGCUUACAAGAUUGGCUCCCACCUGACAUUGGCGACCACGGAAGGUACUUGGCAAAGGUCCAACGUGGAGGACUUGAGGUCAUGAUCAUUCACCAUUUUGGAAAAGAGAUUGUUGAUGAUUUAUUUGAAAAAUACAGUGAGAUACUAAACAAGGUACCUCUCAUAGAUUAUCCCAAGAGAUUGGAUUUUGCACUUGUGUUAAGAAAAUCAGAUUAAGUAUAUGGAUGAGAAGAGGACCAGUGUUGCCUUGUGUAAGGUUUUCAUACAAGCCUAACGGCAAUUUGAGAAUACAAAGUGUACCUCUAAUAUCUAUGGUGUAUAUCAUGAUUAUCCAAGAAAAACUCUUUAAUGUAGAACCAAGCUUCUGAUUGAA